AUGCCCCCAAGGACUAUUAUGUGGUGUAAAGGACGUGAAAGUAAAGGAGAAUUUAAAGAUGAAAAUGCUAAGCUCAUGGCGGAUAAACUAAUGGAACGUCAAAAGCAGAUAAAAGAUGGAGACAUAAAUGUUGAACCCGUCAUGGAUUCCAUUACCUUAGUUUUUGGCAAGGAACAGGGUGGAUUUAUAAAAGGGUGUCAGCACGGAGUCACAAUAGAUAUUUCAAUGUUCCUCGCAUCAAAGGAUCUUCUAAGGAGGAAAUUAAAGUUCUUAAAGUUGCACUGUAGAAUGGAAAACUUGAGCUUGAUAAAAAAAGAUUCUAAACUCAAGGAUUUUUCUACAAAGGUUAAUGAACAAGAUGAAACACUAAAGCUAGUUUUGGCUCAUCUUACUGCAAAAGGAGCGAACUUUCCAAAUUUGCCUCAAACACUUGUAAUUGCAAAACCUACCAAGAAACCAAUUCAAACCAAAUAUGCAACUACAACUCCCGAUACACAAUUGCCUUCCCUGAAAUCUGCAACACCAGCAAAUACAAAACCCACCAGAAAAGCUGUUGAGUAUAAGACUUCCACUAUCAAUCCCGAGACACCAAUAGUUUCACCAAAAAAAAACCUUCACCAGCCAAUCAAGUGUAGUCUAUCAUAUUCAGAUAAAAGGAACAUCGUUGCUCAUGUUACUGCUCACUUAUCAUCAGAAAGACAAUUCAUUCAUUGA